AAAUAAAAUAUAGAUAUAUAUUAGGUCGGCAAAAUAGAGCUUGCAUUAGCUUGGUAUGAUGUUAGUCCGCGGCAUCACUUUUCCCGUAUCUUUAUUAUUUUAUCUCUUCAUUUGAGUGCUACAAGGAGUUCCCUUCUCCGAUUCCCCUGCUCCAUGGCGGCCGCUUCCCUGCAAUCUGAGCCAACUGAUCAGAGAGACCAAGAAGUAUCCCAGCCCAACAUCAACACCUUAAAACACUACAAUGAAAUACUCCCAACUCUUCCUAAAUCAAAAGGCUGGUGGUUUGAUCAUUUGCUGCAAUACAAAGGCUUUUGGUUAUCAUCUGAUGUUGCUAUUAAAGGUCUCAUGUUCCUUCAAGAUCAUCAUUUCAUCUCUAAACCUGAUGAUAUCGUCCUAGCAACCUAUCCCAAAUGUGGCACUACAUGGCUCAGAGCUCUCAUUUUCGCUACCAUUAAUCGAACCUCUUAUGAUUUUGCCACUCACCCUUUGCUUACUAGCAACCCUCAAGACUUUGUUCCGUUCUUGGAAGGAUACGUAUUUCAGGAUCCAUCUGUUCUUGAAAAUCUGCCUUUGCCUCGCCUUCUCUCUACUCACCUUCCUUACUCUCUGUUUCCAGAGUCUAUCACAGCGGCAACCGCUUCGGGUAGCCGGUUUGUUUACAUAUGUCGUGACCCUAAAGAUGUUCUAGUUUCCAAAUGGCACUUUGCUCAGAAGUUAAGGCCUAAAGGACAUCCACCAUUUUCGCUACAAGAUGCAUUUGAGAUGUUCUGCGAUGGAGUCUCGCAUUAUGGACCCUACUGGGAUCAUGUGUUGAGUUACUGGAAAGCAAGCUUAGAAUCUCCAAGAAAGGUAUUGUUCUUGAAAUAUGAAGACAUGAAAAGAGAACCUUUAGUCCAUGUUAAGAGAUUGGCUGAGUACUUAGGGAAGCCUUUUUCAACGGAGGAGCAGAAUGAAGGUGUUGCGGAAGAAAUUAUAGAGCUGUGUAGUUUUAAGAAGAUGAGCAAUUUGGAGGUCAACAAGAGUAAAAGUUCCAACUACUUAAUUAAGAACUCUGAUUUUUUUAGGAAAGGUGAAAUUGGGGAUUGGAGGAACAAUUUGACGCCUGACAUGGCAGCUCGUGUUGACGAGAUCACAAAGGAAAAACUACAGGGCACUGGAUUAAGCUUUGGCUGAUCAGCGAUGGCUGAUGCAGCAACAGAGGCCACCAUAUGGAUGAAUAAAAUCUAUUUAUUUUAUUUUAUCGUUUUUGUUGUUUAAUAUAAUGAUCCAAAUCCUGGUACGUCAUGUUUAAUGACAGUGGUAAUUUAUUGUCUUUGUUUAAUAUUAAAUGUAUCAAGUGCCUUCUCCUAUA